AUGUUUCUCUACUUAGGUUUAGGCCUUUGCGCAAGAUAUGCAAUCAUAAUUGCUGGAUCUAAUGGUUGGAAAGAGUACAGGCAUCAAGCUGAUGCAUUUUAUAUGUACAAAAUUUUGAAAAAUAAUGGUUUUGAUGAUGAUCAUAUUACAAUGUGGGCAUACAAUGAUAUGGUCAAUAACCCACUAAAUCCAUACCCAGGAAAAAUAUUUCAUCUCUUAGAUAAUAAAAAUAUAUAUCCAGGCGAAGACAAAAUUGAUUUCAAAGGUGAAAAUGUUACUAAGCACAACAUUCUAAAUUACUUGAGAAAUAUGAAUACAACAAAGGAAGAUAAUAUAUUCUUUUAUUUCAACGAUCAUGGCACACCAAACAUUAUUUGUUUACCACAUGAUAAGAUAAUCACAUCAUAUGAACUUAUACGUACUUUUGAUCAGAUGCACAAAGAAGGAAAAUUUAAUAAAUUAUUCUUCCCAAUUGAAGCUUGUUUCUCUGGCUGCUUCAAAGAAUCAUUGAAUACACCUGAUAUAGCCAUGAUGACAGCUGCAAAUUGCUCUACAUCUAGUAAAGGUUCUAUUAAAGGUAGAUUGUUGGAUGUCUCAUUGUCAAAUGAAUUUUCUCUUCAUAUGAUGAUGGAAAUGGAGAGCAAUCCAAAGCACACAAUUCGUUCUUUGUUCAACAAUGUUCACGCAAAAGUCGAAGGUUCAACACCAACACUAUUUGGAGAUCAUUUGGAUGAUCCUAUCUCUGAUUUCAUUGGAGAAGCACCAAAGUCUAAUCUCAGAAGACAAGCAUUUGAAGAUUUAGUUCCUGAUGAAAAACUUCUUCAUGCAGAAAAAUAUGCUAAAAAGGAAUAUGCAGAAGAAUACAAGAAGCAUCUCAGGCAUAUGAAACAAGUUGCUGAAAACUCAGAGAUAUUCAUCAGAAGAGUUGUUGAAAAAGUUGCCGGACCAAUGGCACCAGAAUUUAUGAAUAAAGUUGUCACGGGAGACCUCCAGAAGUGUUUCGAACCUGUGAUCGAUGCUUUGUUCUCAAAGAUGACAGAAUUCAACCCAGACUAUGGAUAUUUAAUUUCACCUAUCAAAUCUCUCUGCACAAAAUAUGAUUCAUCAGUUAUCAUUGAUGCAAUCAACACUGUAUAA